UACUGGUACCUCCCCCUUUUCUUUUUAUGUCGUUUUCUUUUUUUCAGUAUUUCUGUCUUCUCUAUUUCUUCGUGUUAUAACUCAGGGGUGCUCCCAAACUUGUCCUCUUGGACUUCAAUAUUAUGAUAUUUUCAGUGUUAAAAAAAAAAAGAUUAUGUUGUCAGGUGAAUAUUUUGCUAAGAUUUCUAGAGUCCUGGUGUUUUCAAACAUUUCUAUCAUUCCUGAGUUUUUGUUUGCUUUUAUUUGAGGAUAAGUAUGGAAUAGUUUAAUCAAUUAAGUCAUGAACCAAUAAUAAUCUCAAAUUUAUAAGGAUUAGUUUUCGUUUGGUUCAAAUCGUAUAAGGUUAUGUAACUGUAUAUAUGUUGAUGUGGUUUUAUUUAAGUUUAUUUUUCGUUCAGUUUGAUUUACAAUAACUUACCAAACUAACAAAAUUUGAUUCAAAUUUAAUAGCCACAACAAGUAAGUAAUAAGUAUAUAGUACGAUUCAAUUUUGACUUUUUCAGUUCCCUUCCUUCACCGCAUAUACCAAGUCUCAACUCAACUCCGAACUAUUCUCUCGUGUAAGCGAACACAACAAAAACGAAUUAUUAAUAUAAUCUUUUUUUUUUUUGUAAAAAAAUUAUUAAUAUAAUCUUUUCAUCCAAAUAAUCGAUAAAAACCAACCAGCUAUAAAUUCCCCAAUAUCUGAAUCUACAAAAGGAAACACCUUCCCAAUUCCAAAACAUCCUGAACAAUGUUUUCAUCAUCUGUCUCAGAACGUACCAUUUUGGUCCCGAUUUUGGCCGUAGUAGCCACACAACUCUUAUUUAUACACAGUGUUGCGUCUGUAAACGAUACCAAUGCGUAUUUAUACCACAAAUGCUUAGAGAAGGAUGGAAAAUAUAAGUCAAAGAGUCUAUACGAGAAAAACCUCAACAGUCUCAUCUCUAACACUUCUGUAAAAGAUUACCUCUAUGGCGUUUAUGGUUAUCGUCCUGAUACUGUCUACAUGGUUAUCCAAUGCCGUGGUGACGCUUACGGCUCCAGGUGUGAUACAUGCCUCUCCACUGCUUACUCCGAGCUACGUAAAAGAUGUCCGAUGAACAAGGGGGCAAUCGUAUGGUUUGACCAAUGUCUUCUCCGGAUUUCUCCGACCACUUUCAUAAACGAGAUGGAUCUCAAGAACAAGUUCUAUAUGUACAACAUGAAGAAAGUGAGAGAUCCGGCGUCGUUUAACGCUAAGACAAAGGCUCUUCUCACCAAGCUGACAAAGGAAGCGACUCGUAAAGGUUCAGAGAGGUCUCCUGCACAGGAAUAUUACGAGCCAGGGGAUAUGAAGCUCGACGGGAAGAUGAAGCUGUACGGAAUGGUGCAGUGCACGCGACUUAUAUGGAACACAGAUUGUAAGAAAUGUUUGGAUACGAUUAUUGGGGAGCUUCCUAAUUGUUGUGAUGGUAAAGAAGGAGGAAGAGUAGUGAGUGGGAGUUGUAACUUUAGGUAUGAGAUUUACCCUUUUCUUGACACUCAAAGAUGAGAGCUCCAUGUUAUUUGUGUUCUUCAUUGGGGAUGCUAUAACAUGUUUUAUCAAGAGAUAAUAUUUAGUUACAUGUUCUUGCUGUACAAUUAAUGUAUUUAGAUUGUAGUAUAAGGUAACUAAUUGGCUCGACUGUAUACACAGCAUUAAAAUCCUUUAUUGGUUGUGUUACCAUUUAUUAGCUUUCAAAUAUGAAAGAGAAAGACUAUCAAGUCACAAUGCAUACA